AUGACCAGGCGAGUGCGAGAGAAAGCGAAAGAUAGAGCAGAGAGGAUAGCGGGUCUGUCAGCUGCACGCUCGCUGGGUGAGCGCGACGCGGCGAGCAAAACGGGACUCCUAGAAAGGCGCAUUUUUGCGUCAUCAACUCCAUCUACAAACACUCAACAACAAUCUAUUGAUCAACAAGCAGAGCGCGAUCGUCAGGUGUUCCCUGUCGACACGCAGCGUGACGGAGCGGCGAGGGGCGGCGAGCCCGGCGAGACUCCCACCCACCAAGUGAAUAGGUGGAUGUCGUCAUCGCUCUCGCAAAGGGAACUCCUGCUCCUCCCGCAAACAGCUCAAACCGGCAUGUUGCUAACGAUGCUGCAAGGGAACGCUGCUUCAGCUAUCGGAGGUGGAGAGAUAAACCUAAUGGGUGGAAUUGUCCCACAACAAGGCAUUCCCCCGUCAUCCCUCCAAUCUCAACCACCCGCACACGUUCUCUCGCAACCAACUGUGCCCGUACCGAGUCCAACUCGAGUGACCUCAACUCAUAUGCCAUCAGCUCUUUGCGAGAAACUCAUCCAAUUGUGUAACCAGUAUCACGUGAUCAUUUCCGAUAAUGGUAAUUCAAUGGAUUGUCGCAUGAAAAGACGAAAUCUCUGGGUUGAAAUCAGCAAGCAGCUCAAUUCGGAGUUCAACGUCGAUUUUACCGCCGAUCAAUACAAGAAAAAAUAUCAAAAUCUGAAGACGGCGCUGAAGACCAAAAUGCAGAAUUUAAGCGGCCAACCCGGCAGCUCAUCAUCGGGUCGACAAAUGUCACCGGAUUCGAGAAGAGAUUCACAGUCCUCGUCAACCUCUCAAACGCAACCGGUCACCCCGAUCGAAAUUAAACAAGAAAUGCCAAUCACCUCCCCAAGCAGUCCAGCGCCCCAGCAACAACAGACAAUCACCUCAUUGGCCGGCUUGAUCAACUUUCCUUCGAGUUCACCGGUUCGACCAACCCCUCAAGUUCCGACAACUCCUCUAGCGACUUUAUUCGACAAAAACAAUUUCCUCGCGUUGGCCAUUCAUGCAGCACAGAUCGCCAAUCAACAAAAUGUCUCCGGGAUCAGCCCGCACAUCUCUGCUGAACACUUGAGUCUACCCGCCGGAAUGAAUGUGCACAAUUUGCUGGACAUCGUCACGCAUCAGCCGCAACUUGACCGCCCACCAUCAGUCGAAGUGACUUCGGGCGUUUCCUUUGGUCCACUCUCCGUGUUGCGACCAAUUUCGACGGGUCUAAUCGAAAGAGAAAUCAAUCAAGAGACUGCUGUGAUGAGUGCUGAGCAUCCCGGCUCAGCAGUUGGAUCAGCUUCGGUGUCCGAUCAUGCGGCUCCACUCAGCUCUCUUCCGCACAUUUCUCCUCAACAAGACGAGGAUCCCGCACGAAUGUUUUGUCUCUCGCUGGCCGAUCCAUUGAGACGAAUUCGAGAUCUGAAUCCGAUGUUGUACGUACAAUUGAAGAAGCAAAUCAGCACGAUCGUUUUGGACGCCGAAAUGGACAUGGUCAAGGGCGCUGAUUCGCCGGGUACUCGUACACCGACCGAUUCGGAUAUUCGAAUGGAA